GAAAGAACAUUCAUCCAAUCAGUACAAGUUUUUCACCAGAAAAAUUAAAAUUGUCAUUUCAAAGUUUCUAAUGAAAUAAUAAUCACUCAUUCACAAAAUGGUGGGUCAAGAUGAGUACUUGACACCUAACCUAACCAGCAUAAGACGAUAUAAUCAACUUACCAAUCAAGACUGUGAUUAAGCUCCCUCCCAUGGAUUCCAACACCACCGAUGAAGUGCUCCACGAUCUCUCUCCGCUCAUCAAAGUCUACAAAGAUGGCUCCGUCGAGCGGCUGAGGAGGACGUCCCAUGUCCCGCCGUCGCUGGAGAACCAAACCACCGGAGUAGCCUCUAAAGACAUAAGCAUUUCACCGGAGGUCAAAGCCAGAUUAUACCUCCCAAAGCUGACAGACCAGGACGAAAAACUCCCGGUCCUAGUCUACUUCCAUGGCGGUGCAUUUGUCGUGGAUUCCCCCUACUCUGCCCUUUUCCACCCUUUCACUGACAUAUUAACCGCCGAAGCCAAAGCUUUAAUCAUUUCUGUUGACUACAGGCUCGCCCCUGAACACCCUCUGCCUAUAGCAUAUCAAGAUUCAUGGACCGCCCUUCAAUGGGUGGCUUCGCACCUUAUUGCAAAUACCAGUAUCGAAAAGGAUCCAUGGAUUACUAAACAUGGCGAUUUUGGUAAAUUGUAUGUUGGCGGUGAUAGCUCCGGAGCCAAUAUAGCGCACUAUAUAGUUCUCCGAGCUGGGGUGGAACCUUUGCCUGGGGAUGUGAAAAUUUUGGGCUUAUUUCUAUCUCAUCCUUUUUUCUGGGGAUCAAAGCCAAUUGGGUCAGAAUCAAAAGACGAUUUCGAUGGACAGCAUUUGGCUAAUAGGGUUUGGUCAUGUGCUUAUCCAUCAGCCCCUGGCGGGAUUGACAAUCCGAUGAUCAAUCCAUUUUCCGAGGACGCGCCAAGCUUAACCGGGUUGGAGUGUUCGAAGGUACUGGUUUGUUUAGCAGAGAAGGAUCUUAUGACGCCGAGAGGGAUUCUUUAUGCUGAAACUCUGAAGAAAAGUGGGUGGAGUGGUGAAGUUCAGCUAGUGGUAGUUGAUGGAGAAGAUCAUUGCUUCCAUGUAAUGGAUCCUCAUACUGAGAAAGCAAAGGAUUUGAUUAAGCAAUUGGCUUCUUUCAUUUCACAGUGAUUGGAUCCAUCAUUUCAUUAUAUUAAAAUACUGUUGCGGGCACUUUACUGAUAUAUAGCCUGUUAAAAUAUGACCGUCGUCAGUGGCGGAGCCAGGCCAGAGCGUGAGCUAAGGCAGCGUCAGGGUAGCGCGCUGUUGCUAGACGGCUGCCCAAUAUAAGGAAAUAAAUUGCGACAGAACCAGCACGAACGACUGCCAUGGCUCACCAGGUGCUGAUUUUGUCAUUGACUGUACUAGUUGGUUAUUGUAAAAUGAUGUACUAAUUAUGCAGUUGCCUCUUGAAAUACCUAAGCACAACCACCAACUGUUUCAUGUAUAUCCAGCAAGAUUGAGCCUUUAAAGUAAUUUCAGCAAUGAGAAUAAAUUAUAAACAAACAUUUUACGUUGUUUCUU